CGUCGUUAAAAGGGCUCUAGAGCGCUGAAGCCGACCGCAUAAAUUGGCAAGUUUUCUUCUUUUUCUUUUCUUCGCUUGUCUUCGCGCUACGAUUCGACUUGCAACCGUCAACAGUUUUUCCGCGUCUCCGGCCAUUGUUCACGUAUUCGGAAGAGAUGGGGAGUUUUAACAGCAAAAUAUCGCCAUCGAACGAUAAAAUUCGCAAUGCCGAACAGGGUGAAGAGUCUACUACCGAUCCCCGAUCGCCGACAUUGCAUAUCAACAGAAGUCCCAUCAGUCCGGAGAAGGGCGGCAUAUCGCGUGCAUCCAUCACGAAGGGGAAAGAUCUGACCUCCGCGCUGACAGACGGACCAACGGAGACUCCGAUGGCCACAACUUUACAAACCCCGAACAUCCAGCAGCUCCCGAAACGCUUCCAGUCCAUCAUUGACCCGCGAUCGCCGAGCACAUUCACACGCACACCGCUACUGGUGGACACGGAAUCGGUAACGCUGGAUUGCAGCAAUCUGGCCAACAUCGUUUCAACGCUACAGUACGACGAUGUCCGCGAAGAAGAUCGCGGUGAAGCAUCGUUCAAGGAUUGCAACACGGAAGGGCUUCCGGUUGAUAUCUGCAGCCUACAGAUUGAGCAAGAUGACGAUGAAUCGGCCCCGAUACUGGAGCCAACCGACCAGAACGAGGUGACGGUGUUUGAGGAUGCCGAGGUCGUACCGUUUGCAGGUAUUGAUCCUCGUUCACCCUGCAUUGCCAUUGCGCGCACCCCCAUUGUUUUGGGAAAGGACGAAGGUAACGAUCGCGUCGAGAAGAAUCGGGAAGCCAUGAUGGAGCAGGUAGAGAAGGAUGAGGACACGAAAAGAAACGUCGAAGGCCAAGAACACACACCGAAACAGAACAAUCUCCAGCAGCAGCAGCAACAGGGUGAUGAAGCUUGUCGGGGAGAUGCAACACCGAAAAAGGAUAAACAGUCUCCGGCGUCUGGUGGUCUGAAGGUGGCCGGCUCGCGCACACCUCUGGGGUGUGUGACGAACAUUGGGACGGCGGGGAACAACAUUCGCCGGCUAGCACUGAUGGGCCAGUUAAAGCAGAAGACCAUCGCGACCGACGAGCAGAAGCUCAUCGCUCGCAGUCCCAACACGGCCAGUGCGGAAUCGGGGAAUCCUGCCGCGAAGCAUGUGAACCGUUCGCGAAUUCCUAAACUGCGUCUCUCGUAGCGAGGCUGGGGUGACGAUUGUAAUCCGUCUUUUUCUUUAUUCUUGUUUAAUAAAAUUCUCAAACCAUCUGACUCCGAA